AUUAAGAGCAUUAUGGAAAGCAAACUUAAUGGAAAGGUUUAUUCCCAAGCUAUGAGCUCUUUGAAUGGCAUUAUUUUUGACUCUACUGAGAAGGAUUUAUACAGAAAUAAGUACUUCAGCCCUCAGAAGAGGGAUUAUGUGAAAAGUGUGCUAAACAGAUAUUAUUCGAAGAACUUUCAGAUUCAUCAUCAUCCUUUUGAUAAAAAACCAACGAGGGAUCUUGAGAGGGUGCUUCAUGAUAAUCUGACCUUCAUGAUGACUAACCUUUCCUACACAAAUAAUGAAAAUAGAUUUUUAUAGACAAAGUGAUAAACUGGUAUAAGACUAAAAGUGGAGAAAAUGCAAAGAAAUUUACUAAUUCAACCCCUCAGACUCAGCAAAAUUCUCGGAUUGAGAGGAAGGCCAAGCGAGCAAGUCACUCCAUAGGUGAAUUGACCAAUAGGAGAUAUAAACAAGCUCCUAGUUCAGACAAUAAAAGGUUUACCCUCCCUACAAAGAAGUAUUGGGAUAAUUUCUUAACUCCUGGUAUGGCUAAAAGCAUCAAGGUUGAAAAAGUGGUGGAUAUGAAUAGCCUGUCAGCAACAUUGAGUGGGAGGAAAGGGAGCGGAAGCCGCCAUUUGAAUAGUGGAACUCUGCAACCUCCUGUCAAGAUUCCUACUUCGUCAUCGAUAAGUAGCAAUAUUUCAGCUGAGAAAUAAGGAAGUAAUAGCUAAGCUCAAAAGAGAUAUCGAAAACCGUCAGAGAAAGAACCAGAAAUAACCUUGAGAAGAUCAGAGCGAGGCUGCAAGACCCAGAACAAUUGUAUAUGAAAAUUCAGAAAUUCAAUUCAAGACGUCAACUUCAGAAGAGACAAAUUCCUUGUGGUCUCUCUUCCGAUGAAAUGAGGGAGAAAAAUCAGAAGUUUUAUGAGAACCUAAGGAAUGGGACCAAGAACCCCUGGAUCCCAUUGGAUUUUAAGAAAAUCAGGAAAAGCUCUCAACCAGCAGUAGAACGGACUAUCAAGACUUCCAGUGUUGUUGAGAGAAGAAAAAGUCAAGAUAUUGUUGAAAAUAAAGAGGUUGAGAGGGAAAAUCCACCCAAAAUCAUGCUUAAUCCUAUCAAGAUGGCUCCUAUGACUACGAAUCGAAAAAGAUCUAACACAGGGAUUUCAACUAAGCCUAAAAAGAUGCUGAAAUUAAGGUCUACUCAAAUUCUAGAUGACAAAAAGGCAUUGGAAAUCGACACUAAGGCAACCCAGAAUGUGAAUAUCAACGAUUUGCUUCACGAGAAGAAGCCCCAUAUCAAAAACUUAGCUAAGAAACAAGUCAUAUUCAACGACAGUGUCGAUUCCCCAAGCCUGUAUGGAAGCACCAGCCAGAUUGUGGAAGAGGAUGAAGAAGAUAGCCCAAAAAGGUCAAAAUUUGAUCUAAUCACCCCAGUUAAGAUGAAGAAGCUGAAGGAAAGUAAGAGCCAUAAAAAUUCAAACCAAUUUGAAGAAGAGUUAUACUUCUCUAAGAACUAAUGAGCUCAAUUUUAAA